AUGAAGAAAAGUCACAAGUCGAAGCCGUUGUUUAGCAUUCAGUGUUAUGAAGAUCGUCAACAUACUUUACGUCUGAGAAAACUCAGUGAGGACUCAACAGACCAUGACAACACAAUUCAAGAAAGAUUACACUCCACUGAGAAACCACCGCCCCCUCCUCCUAUGCCGGUCACGAACGGUCACAACAAGGCCGACGUGUUAAAUGGUGAACAGAAACCAAAGAAAGAGGAUACAAAUAUUAUCAAUACACCGGAUUACAAGAAAAAUGGCGCACUACUCCGAACGCCUACUCCGGACUAUAACAACAAAGAGUUUCCAAUUAAAUCAAAGUCUUUAAACGAAGCGAACGCUGAAGUAGAUUCGUUAGAGUCGUAUAAACUUCAGAAUCCAGCAAAUGUACCUCCAAAACCACCAUCAAAUUACUUCCUAAAAGCGCCGAAUGGAACUGCGACAAUGAAAAAACACUCUCGACCUGUAUCAGUCACUAUUGGAGAAUACGUCAACCAUAUGAAUGGCAGACGAGAACCUUCCAAACUAGAAUUCCUCAAUGGAGAUAAAAAGAACGGAUCUCAGUUAUUAGAUGACGAAUCAAUCACAAGCAGACUACAAUCGGAGUUAGCUCUUACACUAUCUAGAUCAAAUUUGCGCAAAAAGACUGAAACAAUGGCUGACGGAGGUCGUUAA